AUGGCGGCGGGCGAGCGGAGCGUGAGCUCCGACCUCCGUUUCACCCAGAGCCGCUGCCCGCUGGUGCUGCUGCUCCUGCCGCUGGUGUUGCUGCCCGCCCGGCCAGCCUCGGGGAACGAGGGGGCGGCCGCCGGGAGCUGCCGCUGUGACAAGUACCACACCGAGCCGGAGCUGGUCAGGCGGUUCCCCGACCGCCUGGUGAGCUGGGAGCGCUGCGGGCGCCUGAUAAGAUUCAGCUUCCCCAAGAAACUGGUGUGUGGCUGGGCCGACGAGCCCUGGGUGCUCCGGCUUAUCGCUCGGAUGGAGGACAAGCGGAGGGGGUCUGCCCAGGUCGGCUCCUCUGAGAGCGGUGCCCAACCCGGCCCCACCAGCCGUUCCCCGCUUCAGCCUCUGAGCUCCGUGGGGUCAACCGCGGUGGUCCCGAUGGAGACGCUGCCGUCAGAGCAAGUGCCCAGGGAGACUCCAUCGCAGCGCCUGCCGGCCUUGACCCACACAACGGCCGCCCCGGCCCCAGAGAGUGUCGGGAGCGUCGUUGUGCUGCUGCCCAGGAAUGGUGCCGUUGUGGAGGUCGGCCCCACCCGAUUUGGCCAAGAGGAGCCUGUGCCCGGGUGGAAUGGCCAGACGGCCGUCUUCUGCGUGCUGGGCGUUGUCCUGCUCCUGGUGACCCUUGGCCUGCUGUGCUGGUGGAGGCCCCCCAGGAGAGGCGGCCAGGCAAUGCUGAACUCCGAGCAACAGGAGUGGAUGUUGUUGCAGAGAUCCGGAGGGGCCCCCACCUACAGCCCCAGAAGAGAGGCAGCCCCUGGCUCGGACUGGGGGGCAUGAGGGGAGGGGGCGCAGAAGGGAACCUGUGGCUCCAACUGUGGCUGUUUCCGUGGCUGUUCUUGUGGAUCUUUUAACUUCUUCUCACAAAUAAAAGUAUAUUUUUGU